UGGUGAAGGAACUGUUCAAAGUCAUAUUCUUUAUCCUGUUUAUUCAAUGUGACAAUGUUACUGUUUGGAGAGUCAAGCAAUUUGUCUUCGCCUUCAAUUUAUCAAAUACUUUUGAAUAUUUUUACUUGUCAUACACACUCAUGUUUGAUUUUGGUUUUGGCAUUUCCGGUCUCAGUUGAGUUGGACAAACAAAGCUACUGUGAUCUUAAAGUAACAAACAGCACAGAUAAAUGUGUUGCUUUUAAGGUGAAAACUACUUCUCCAAAGAAGUACUUUGUCCGACCAAACACUGGUAUUAUACAGCCCUGGGAUUCAGCUUUCAUUCGAGUCACUCUUCAAGCUCAAAAGGAAUACCCACCGGAUAUGCUAUGCAAGGACAAAUUCCUCCUACAGAGCACAAUUGUGAAUAGUGAUAAUGAGGAACUUCCUUCAGAUACUUUUAACAAGGAAAGUGGAAGAACUGUAGAAGAGUGCAAGCUUAGGGUUGUUUACUUGUCUUCUGUUUCAUCUCCUGGACCUUAUGAAGAUGUAUUUAGACAAAGUUCUGACUUCUCCUCGAAUCAAGCGUUGCAGCGUAUCAAAGAUGAAAGAGAUGCUGCUGUCCGACAAACGCAACAGCUUAUACAGGACUUGGAAAUGAUGAAGAGACGAAGAAAUCGGAAUGAUCCAGGCUUCUCUCUAAGGUUUGCAAUUGUUGUAGGAGUCAUUGGUCUAAUGGUUGGCUUUCUGCUGAAAUUGUUGUCUUCACCUUCAGUAGAAUAGCUUGCAUUACGCUACGCCGUUUACAUCACACCACCCCUUGGGGGUGCCGCCCCCGCUCCCUGCUAAUAUGGGAUGCUUUGUGCACCAGACUACAUUUUGUUUUUUUAACCUUCACUAGAAUAGCUCAAGUUUCUUCAUUCUCAGAUAUAACUGUAUAAUUUUCUAGCUUUUAUGAAGCUUCUGAGGAGAAGAGCUUUGCUUAGCUCUAUUAAUGUUGUGUAAAUUAAUUUAUAAUUUAUAUACCAUCUCUUUGCUGGAGAUAGAGAUGUCUUAUUACAAGAUUUCAGACUAAUGUUACUGCAAUUUUUCGU